AUGUUAUGGACUACACUGCUCCUUCUUCAUGAGGCGUGUAAGUAAUACAUCGUUUAGUUUACAUGACUACAAACCUUUUAUAUCUGCUAACAAUGAUGUUCGUCUGAUAAUCAUUGUUUUCUUUUGUUUCAUUGUUCCCUCUAAUCUGAUCUAGAUGCACUGGUUCCGAUGAAGACAGCCCAAGUUGGUGAACCCGCGACCUUGACGUGUGUUUUCCCUGAUAUGUCAGGCCAAACAAUCUGGUACAAACAGCGUACCGGAGGAGCUCUGGAAUUACUUGUGACGCUGUACACACGUGUACACUUUGUGGAUGAUCCAGAAUUUUUCACCCCAUUUGAUGUGAACAUAAACAAGAAUACAAGCAAUCUGAUUAUUUUGAAGACGACUGAAGAGGAUGAGGGGAUGUAUCACUGUGGAGUAUCAGAGAGGAUUUUUAAGACAACCUGGAGCGCAACUUAUUUAAGAGUAACAGGUGAAUAUGAGAUCUUCAUUAUACAGUGACAUUUAACUCUGAGUUUAUUUGUACUUUCUAAAAUGUCUUCAGAGAAACUUUCCAACUGUGUGUUUCCAAACAAUUGUUAAAAGGAUUCUCAAAUGAAAAAUGCUUUAUAACUCAUAAGAUCUAACAAGAAACUACUUUUAUUCUGUGUUUUACAUGUUUGUUUUUACAGGAAACACUAAGAAGACAUCAGACUUGACUGUGGUUCAGUCUCAGUCAGUCUCUGAUCCAGUCCAUCCAGGAGACUCGCUGUCUCUGCAGUGUUCAGUCCUCUCUGACUCUGAGAAUCAAACGUGUUCAGGAGGUCACCGUGUGUUCUGGUUCAGAGCUGGAUCAGAUAGAUCUCAUCCAGACCUCAUCUACACAGAUGGAAACAAACAAGAUGAAUGUGACCAGAGAUCUGACCCUCAGAAAAGCUGUGUUUAUCACUUCUCUAAGAGCAUCAGCUCCUCUGAUAAUGGGACUUACUACUGCGCUGUGGCCACAUGUGGACGGAUUCUGUUUGGAGACGGAGCUCGAGUGGACAUCGGUACAACAAGACAAACAAAAAUGGAGGAAAUAUUCUUGAUUUGUUGAUGUUACCAUGACUGAUAAGUUUCUUUGCUUGAUUUUUUUAGAGCAAAAAACACAAUUGGAAUUUAUUGCCAUUGGGAUAUUAGCAGUCUGCCUGGUCAUUUCUGUUGUUGGAAAUGUUGUCCUCUUACACAAACAAAAACAUCACAAAGGUAAGUGCUGCUCACUAUAAAAACUGUUACUAAAGCUUAAACUAAUGUGUUACAUUCAAAAGAUAAAAAUUGUUUUUGUAAAUUUUAUUCUUUAACUUCCAGAGAGAAAAAAAAAACAACCAAUCCAAAAUAAAAUUAGACAUUACUUUUUUAUUUAAAUGGUCAAAUUAAGUUUUAAUUAUCAGAUUUAAAAAAACAUUUCUAAUGUCAUUUAUUUACAGGAUUGGGAAGCACCAUCUCAGAAGCACAAUUUAACAGUGCAUGUGGACAAGUAUGUAACACUGCAAGUGAUCACAGCAAAUCAGUCCAAAUAUUUUUUACAGACACGUCAUAUUUACAUCACUGUGUUUGUAAAACUCUUUUAUAUUUCUGCACAGACUGACGCUGAGGAUGAACUGAACUACGCUGCUCCGAAUUUUUCAACAAAAAAGACACGAGGCAGAAAGAAGAGAGAGUUUGUUGAGGACGGUGUGUACGCUCAAGUAGAACAUUGA